AAGAUAAAAACGAGCCCCAAGAAUCACUCAACAUCGAGCACGAAGGAUCGUUCCUGAUCGAUACAAGUAAAGAAUUGAUCGAUGCAAGGAUCCAGAGCAGCAUGGCGAUUCACAAUUCAGGGGAGUUCAAAAUAAGCGAAAGGUUGUAUUCCCCGCACACCUGCAAGGACAGUUUGGACAAAAGCACUACUGUCCAGCUGAUCCACCAGACUUCUUGAACUAUGAAGGGGUUUAGUGUCAGACAUUCACACUCCGGCAUGUGAUUCCAGGGAUGGCCAUCAAAUUCCUUCCAAUUCCCUCGAGCUUGAAAUUACCACCCACAAACUCCCAUUUCCUCCAAACCUCUCCUAAACCUCUUCUGAAUUCCCUCCGUUUCCCGUUCGAUCUCUAUUCCAGAAUCCACUCCCCAAAAGCUUACGUUUCUCAUCUCCAACUGCCUCAAUCCUGUCCCAGUAACCAAACGCCCCACGAUUUAAGCCAGGCCCAGGAAUCCAUCUCCGACUUCCUCCAAGAACAGGGACUUUCCUUGGAGGAAUCCCUCUCAGUUGCCUCCAAUUGCCCGAGGUAUGUCAAGAUGCUGGUAGACAGCAUUAGGGAUUUGGAAGAAUGGAAUUCUUUGAAUAAUUCUGGCGAAUGUGAAGGAAAGAAAUUGGGGUUUAAGAAGAUGGUGAUCUCUAUGGCCAAGGAGAAGGGUGAUAAUGGCAAAGUUGCCUUCUUGGAGAGUCUGGGUUUGAGUCUAUCCUCUGCCAUUGGUGUUGCACGUUACUUGUCCUCGGAACCACUCCCCGCUCUUAAUCACAAGGUUAACUAUAUGAAGGAAAUAAUCUUUUCUGGCUGUGAUAAUAAAGAACUAAUCGAGAGAAAGGCUCGGAGCAUGAUGACAAAUUUGUCAAUCCCUAUUGACGAAGAUGUGCAGCAAACCUUAUCCUUCUUUGAAAAGAUUGAAGCUAGGCGCGGAGGUUUAGGCAUGUUGGGCUCAGUAGAUGCAACUUUCAGGUGUCUAGUUGAGUCUUUCCCACGCCUUUUGUUGCUGCCAGUGGAAUCCCAUUUGAAACCAAUGGUUAAUUUUCUUGAAACAGUCAGAAUUUCCAGGAGAUUGUUGGGAAACAUACUUCUAUUAUUUCCACCCAUCUUGUUUUGUGAAAUUCAGGAAAUUAAAAGAAAAGCUUUGGCUUUAAAUAAGGUACAAAAGGUUGGUGCAGUGCAUGACAAUGUUGGUAAAAUGUUGCUAAAAUAUCCAUGGAUUCUUUCAACAAGCAUUCAAGAAAACUAUGAGCAAAUUCUUUCUCUUUUCAGUGCAGAAAAGGUGCCAAAAAUGAGUGUUGAUCAAGCAAUUCAAAGCUGGCCUCAUUUAUUAGGCUGCUCAACAUGCAAACUUAAGUUGGGGGUGGAUCUGUUUUAUGAGUUAGGUGUUAAAGACAAGAAGUUGGGUCGGGUUAUUGCUAAGAGUCCCCAAUUACUACUACGAGAACCUCAAGAAUUGCUACGGGUAAUUUUAUUUUUGGAAGAUCUAGGUUUUGACAGGGUAACUGUUGGGAAGAUACUUUGCCGUUGUCCUGAACUUUUUGCUACCAACAUUGAAAAAACUCUGAAGAGCAAGGUUGAAUUCCUCACUGAGUUUGGUAUUUCAAAAGAUCAUCUUUCCCGAGUCAUCAAAAAAUAUCCAGAGCUUCUUGUGUCUGAUGUGGAUAGAGCCAUGCUUCCUCGAAUCAGGUACUUGAUGGAGAUUGGGAUUUCAAAGAGAGAUGUAGUUUUCAUGGUCCGUAGGUUUUCUCCAUUACUAGGGUACAGUAUUGAGGGGGUGCUAAGACCCAAGUAUGAGUUCCUUGUCUACACCAUGGAAAAGCCAGUUAGGGAUCUUGUUGAGUACCCAAGAUACUUCAGUUAUUCUCUGGAGAAGAGAAUAAAACCCAGAUUCUGGGUACUAAAGGGAAGAAAUAUUGAAUGUAGCUUGAAAGAAAUGUUGGCUAAGAACGACGAGGGUUUUGCAGCCCAGUUUAUGGGUGUUGAAAGGAUGCUUGUCCCACCUUCCUCUUCUCAUCAAUGAAUUGAAUAUCAAAGUGCUUGUGAUAUAAAUUUCCUGUUCGUAACUAACAGAUAACAGCUUUAAAGCAGGGAGGGUGCUUAAGGGAACUGUGAUUCUCACACUUCUAGCGAUUUUCUCACUGAGCAUUGGGAAGGAGUCAGUAGCAUAAAUAUCAGAGUAAAUGGAAGAACGGGUCAGUUCGGUAUGAAAUAUCACGGGAAAUUUGGCCUUGUGCCACUAGCAAAAGCUCCCCAUUUGCCCUUCAACUUUUUGAGUUCGAAGCAUUUCACCCCUCACAAUUCAAUAUGA